UCGUCACUUCUGGUCUGAUGCAAACAUCUGGUAUUCUCAGGUGGGAGGCUUUCCUCGACACGUUUGGAGUGUCGGCUGCUCCUUUCCGGUGUAAAAUGGAAGCUUUUCUCUAAAUAAGGAGGAUUUCUCCAAAGCAUCCCGUUAAACGACGGUGAUGCGUUCAAGUGCAGGCGGAAAUCGCAGCUCCUACACGCACCACAGUUCCAUCCAUUCACAUUUGAAAAGUUUUACACUUUACUAAAAAAAAUAUGAAAAACACGUGUUUGGUCCUGUUUUAUUGCAGAAAUCUCAUAAGAAUAUUUUGAUGUCACUCCCUUAUUGCUACAUCCCUAUGCGUAGAACUAACACUCGUGCACGUGAAGGCAGCACGGUUUAAAAGCAAAGAGCCCAUUUAAAAUAAAUCGAAACUGAAAGGAGGGGCAGCAUCACGUUGCAUCAUCGUUCCGUUCAUAAAGCCGACCGUCAAGCUGCGCUGCUGCUACACACCACAAGUCACCAAGCAACUGCAGACACCUGCAACGCCUCACACGCACCUGCAUGCACGGAUCACAGGUGUGCCAGUGAGUUCUGCAGCCAGCAGGUCCGAACAGGGAUUCACUCUGCAGCCAGACAAGAUCCACACCUGCAGGAGGUCAGAUAUGCCCGUGUUGAGCAUGGACUCCAGCAGCCCUGAGUUUCUCUUAACUGAAGACAGUCUCAGCAGCACAUCUGGGAUGGAGAAGGAAAGUGAACCCAGAAAGACUGUCCAAAAAGUGACCAAACGGCGAGAAAAGAACCGGGAUGCGGCGAGGAAGAGCCGCAGGAAGCAAACUGAAAGAGCAGACGAACUUCACGAGGAGCUCCAAGAUCUCGAGCGGUCAAACUCUGCCUUUCAGAAGGAGAUUGCUGAACUGAAGAAAGACCUCAUCUUCUACCAGAUGACCCUGAAGCGCCACAAGCCUUACUGCCGCCUCACCGCCUCCAGCCCCUCCAGCCCCUCCAGCCCCUCCAGCUGCUGCUCGAGGUCGCCCACCUACCACCAAGCCAGCUCCAGCCCUCCACAGGCCUCAAACUGUCCUUCACCAGCUAUGCAAGCUACUGACCUCACUGUCAGGACUCCCUCUCCUUCAGCUCCUUCAUCCAUCUCAACAGCAGCAAACAUGUUCCAAAGCCCCUCCUCUUCCUGCUUAUCCAGCCCGGUGAACCCCGCUAGUCUCUCCGCAGCUUCCCCGUCGGACUUUACCAAACUACCUCUGACCCCCUUAAAUCUAUCCAACAAGCCGUCUGUCAGCCCCAACCCGAUUCCCUACACGGCCUCUCAGUCUCCGGGAAUGUCCUCAUCAAUCGCAAGUUUCACGGACUACGUUCUGGCAAAACUGGACGCUUCCCUCGCUGCGUCUCCAAAAACGCAGGUCCCCUUAGCUAUAGAGGCCAAGAACACUCGAGCUAUAAAGCAAGAUUUUUCCUUGAGCUACCCGCGUGGGCUCAGUGGAAGCCACAGCAGCCUCAGCUGGCCAUUUGGACUCAUUCCGCCAUCUUACCAAGCUUCCUCUGGCCAAACUAUCCAAACUCCUCUGCCUCCUUUUGCAUGGAAGCAGACCCCACAAGCUUCACUCAAAUCUCUGCACUCCCUGCUCUCCGGGCCCAGUCCUCUCAACAUCUAUCAGGCCAACUCCAGCCUUCCGAGUUUGUCUUUUUCCCAAAUGCAAGCGACUGUGCCGGAUCCGUCGCAGGAUCUGUCUCUGUCUGAGCUGCUGGAGUUCAACGAUUGGAUCCUGAGCGGACCAGCAAACCAAUGAAAGGGACAAAACUUCAAUCCUACACAAGUCGAAACGCAUCAAAGAACAGUGUCAGUUCAAUAUUUCAACGUGAAUUACUGAAAUUACCUCCACAGAUUAGGCUUUUUUUUAAUAGAAUAAUGACUCAGACUUCACAAACUGCACAAUCAAAGCCCUUUCACCGCACAAAUCAUGACUUUCUGCUGCUACUUGUUCACGCAACAGCUUUGGCUCAUUGACCUUCUCAAAGACGACAGAUACUGACGCUGUUUCAAUUUCCAUGUGACUCAUAACACAACGAUGAAUCCUCAGAUGGUAAAGGGCCAUGGCAGUAAAAUCUGCCUGUGCUUGUUAGCACAAUUGGUAUUUAUUUUUGAAAAAAAAGUGGUUAAAUUAAGAGUGCCAAGCCAAAAUCUCUCCAUGACUCAUCCAGGUUCUGACUUGCUGAGGCUGUAAUGUGUAGCAUUUAAAUUAGUAAAAAUAAAGUAGCCUGAGAAGCAGCAAGACUGGCUGACUGUAAAUAAGAGGCUUAAUUUAGUUCCAAAUGAAAUAUAUUUUUGUUUUAAAAUCUCUGGGUUGUAAAGUUGUUUGGAAAAUGUAGUUUUAAGGGCUAAAGAGGGUGAUAGUCCUUCAAAAUAUAUAACUAGUAAAUCCCUAGUUUUGCUCAUUUUAGGUAAAUAUUUUUAUAUAUUUUUUUUCCAGGGUGAUGAGGAAGAAGGAUUUUUCUUUAGAUAUGUUUUACUGUACAUCACGACUGUAUAUAAAAACGAUGUGUCGGGAUCAUUUAAAUUGUUUAGGGUUUUAUUUGAAUAUGUGGAAGAAUCAAUGACAUGAGACUUUAUAGGUUUGUGAUUCUGUGUAUGUUUUAAGGUGCGACUGUCACUGUGGACAUUUCUUUACUCUUUCAUGUUGAAAUAAAACUAGAAAAUAAAACUUUUUAACUCAAA